AUGGCCAUCUUGGAAUCUAAGCUUGAUAUUGCUGCUGUAAAUAACAUUAUGCAUAGGAAAUUCGAAGAUUGGAAAUUUGCUCAUAAUCUGGGUUCCCACAAUGCUGGCAGAAUUGUUUUACUAUGGAAUGCUAACAAGUCCAAGUUAGUUGUGUUAUCUUGUACAGCACAUACCAUCCAUUGCUCUUGUGUAUGCAAUGAUUCCAACAUAGAGUUUCUUGUCACCUUUACAUACGGUCUUCAUUCAAUCUCUGCCCGUAAAGCUAUGUGGGCUACAUUGGUGAGUCUAGCUCCUUCAAGUGACAUCCCGUGGCUAAUAAUGGGGGACUUCAACAACAUCACCUCUCCUCUUGAUCGGAUUCAUGGUGCGGAUGUGUCGGCCUAUGAGAUUAAGGAUUUUAAUGAUUGCUGUACUGAGCUGGCCUUGUCCAACCUCAAUGCUCAUGGAUCAUUUUUCACUUGGUCUAAUGGGAGGAUUUGGAGCAAAAUAGACAUAGCUGUGUGCAAUCUUAGCUGGAACGCUAAUUUCAUCAACUCUACCUGUGAGAUUACGGGGUUCCAAUCCGUGUCUGACCAUGCGGCCUUGAUCAUUAAUACCAAUGCUAAUUGUGGGAAAGCCAAGCAGCCCUUCCGUUUCAACAAUGCCAUUGCGGCACUCCCCCAAUUUUUGGAGGUUGUUUCAUCAGGUUGGGACAAGCAAUUCAGGGGCUGUAAAAUGUGGAUGGUGUGUAAGAAGCUUAAAGAGCUUAAGGGUCCUAUUAAGUCUCUUGCAAACUUGGAGAUUAAAGGGUUGUCUUUAAGGAUUGACAAAGCUGAGUUGGAGUAUAAUAAUGUUCUCCUUGCUCUCCAACAGGUCCCCAAUGACCCGAACCUAUUAUGCUUGGCAGAUACAAGCAGGCAUCAGAUCAUGAAUUUGCGCAAGGCUGAGCAUUUCCAAACUGCUCAAAUUAUGAAAAAUAGGUAUCUUAUCCAGGCUGACCGUUGCACAGCCUUCUUCCAUGCGUACAUUAAGAGGACUAGCCAUGCUCGGUUCAUUGCAGCCAUUACUCUUCAGAAUGGCCAGUCCACGUCUUCUCAGCCUCAAAUAGUCGAGGCUUUUGUUAGCUACUUCAGUGAGUUGUUCCAUGUUAUUGAUACUGAUUGUCUCCUUUUUCAGCCAUUUGUGAAGCAGUUACUCAAGCAAAUUAACCAUGCUUUCAUUGUUCUCAUUCCCAAGACUGACCAGGCUAGUCAGGUGAAGCAUUUUAGGCCGAUAUCUUGCUGCAAUAUCUUGUAUAAGAUUAUUUCCAAGAUUCUUGCCUCCCGUAUUGCUCCUGUUCUAGGAUUGAUUAUUGGCCCUUUUCAGUCUGCUUUUUUGAAGAACAGGAACAUGAUUGAUAAUAUCUUCCUCAUCCAGGAGCUGUUGAGAAAGUAUUCCAGGAAAAGGAUUUCUCCCUGUUGCCUUCUGAAAGUUGAUCUCCAUAAAGCAUAUGACUUCGUUUCUUGGAAAUUCCUCAAUUGGAUGCUCAUAUCAAUUGGGUUUCCUCCUAGAUUCAGCGAUUGGAUAAUAGAGUGUGUAACUACUACUUCGUUCAGUGUGGUAGUUAACGGGGCAAUCCAUGGUCACUUUAAAGGUGGUAGGGGGCUGAGACAGGGUGAUCCCCUCUCACCUUAUCUGUUUGUUCUUUGUCUGGAGUACUUAUCUAGAGAUCUCAGUGGCCUUAGAGAUAAUAUAAUCUUUCAGUUUCAUCCUGCCUGUUGUGAUCUGAAUAUUUCCCACUUAGCUUUUGCGGAUGAUAUUAUGCUAUUAUCCAGGGGAGAUGUGCCUUCUAUUACCACUUUAUACUCUAGGCUUUCUCACUUUUGUGCUGUAUCGGGUCUUUCUAUCAGUUCUGAUAAGUCAGCUAUUUACUCUGCCGGCAUGGAUCUUGAUUCUUUAUCGGAGGUGCAGCGUCUCACUGGGUUUGAGUUGGGAGCUUUCCCGUUCAGGUAUCUUGGCGUGCCUCUGCUCUCUUCUAGAUUAAAUGUCAUUCACUAUGAUCCACUUUUAUCUCGGAUUUUGGGCCUUGUGCAAAGUUGGAAUAGGAAGACUCUGUCUUAUGCUGGGAAGCUUGAGCUCAUCAGAGCCGUCAUCCAGGGCAUUACUAAUUUUUGGAUGGGUAUUUUUCCUCUCCCAGUCUCUGUUAUAAAUCGGAUCAAUGCUAUCUGCCGGAAUUUCUUGUGGGGAAAACCGAACAAUUGUAUGUCUAAGCUGCUGGUUGCCUGGGUGGAUAUUUGUUCUCCUAAGCAUGGAGGAGGCCUUGGUCUCUUCAGCCUUAAGGAGUGGAAUCUUGGGGGAAAUAUCUGGGACCACGCUCCAUCUUCUGCGGAUUCACCUUUGUUCAAGAAAAUAAUUCUGAUUAGGAAUAUUAUCUUGGACCGUGAGCAACAUAAGGAUGGGGCGCUGCAUGUUCUCGGGUCCUGGGCGCAUAACAGUACCAUUGAUGCUAGUAAAGCUUAUGCAUAUUUCAGAUUGCCUAAGCCGAAUGUUUAUUGGCAUAAGGUAGUUUGGAACACAGCUCUCCCCCCCAAAGCUGCGUUCAUCUUUUGGUUAGCCAUGAAGGGCAAGCUACUUACUUUGGACAUAGCUCCUUUCUUGGAGAUGGAUCCGGUUUGCCCCCUGUGCAGCACGGUUGAGGAAUCACAUGCUCACUUGUUUUUUCUUUGCCCCACAGUCAUCCGCGUUUGGAAGGAGGUGCGCGAUUGGUCUCCUAUUACGCGGAGCUUUGUCUCUCUUCAGGGGAGUGUCAGCCAUCUUGUUCGCGCGAGAGCUCUCUCUGGCACCUUGGGGAAGACUCGUUGCCUUGUGAUAGCACUGACAGUUUAUUGUGUCUGGCGCAUUACCUACACUUGUGAUAAUAUUCAAUUGGCUAAUGAAACCCUUAUUAAGAUUGGUCAUCAGGAACUUAGAAGAGAGGAACGUCUUAUUACUGGAAUUUCCCCUUUUGAGGGUUAUGUUAAACUUAAUAUGGAUGGUUCCAGCAUAGACAACGGGCAAAUGACUCCAUGUGGUGGAGUCAUAAGGGAUGCUGCUGGGAACUGGUUAACUGGUUUUACAAAAUUCCUUGGGAGUGGUACUUCUACUUUAGCGGAAAUUUGGGGGUUCUUGACAGGUAUGGAUCUGGCUUGGCAUAAGGGAUUUAGGAGAGUCUUUGUGGAGGGUGACUCCAAAGUGGCUUUGUAA